AUGAGAUUCGUCAAGAGCCUGAACAUCGCUACGGCGGGGAGCUCCGUCAUGACGGCUCCCGCCUCCCUAGACGUCAAGAGCCUGUCGUCUGUCCGAGAUGUCGCAGCUACUCUUGCAUUCGACACAAUGUCCUACUACAAGGGUAACCUCUCCUCGGCGGACUCCAUCAACAUGGGCGACCUCCAGGAUCCGUACUACUGGUGGACGGCUGGCGCGCUCUGGGGAGCGAUGCUGGACUACUAUCACCUCACCGGGGACCCGUCGUACAACGACGUGGUGAUCCAGGCUCUGCUGGCGCCGACGAACCUGGGAACGGAAAACGCCUACAUGCCGGCGGAGCACGCCUUUGAGGAGGGCAACGACGACCUCUUCUUCUGGGGCUCGGCCGCCAUCGCCGCGGCGGAGCGCAACUUUCCGCAGCCAGACAGGUCGCUGCCGUCGUGGCUGGAGCUGGGAGCUAACGUCUUCGACCAGCUCAUGAGCCGCUGGAACACGCAGCACUGCGGCGGCGGCCUGCUGUGGCAGAUAUACGAGUCCAACCCCAAUGGCCUGACGUACAAGAACAGCGUUAGCAACGGCGGCUUCUUCCAGAUUGCGGCGCGCAUGGCGCGGGCCACGGGCAACGACACGUACCUCGAGUGGGCGGAGAAGGUCUGGGACUGGUCCAUGGACGUGGGCUUCAUCGACGCGGACCUGUACCACGUCUACGACGGCUCGGGCAUCGACACCAACUGCACCAAGACGAACCCGGCCUCGUUCACGUACACGAGCGGCAUCUACCUGCACGGCGCGGCGGUCAUGGCCAACUACACGGGCAAGCCCGAGUGGAAGGAGCGCGCCGAGAAGCUGCUGGACGGCGCCGUCUGGUUCUUCCACCCGCCCAACGUGACGGCCACGAUCAUGUACGAGGGGGCGUGCGAGACGGUCGAGAGGUGCAAUGCGGACCAGACGACGUUCAAGGGCUACCUGGCGCGCUACAUGUGGCAGGCGACGCAGAUGGUGCCCUCUCUGCGCAGCAAGGUCGAGAGCCUGCUCGUGGGCAGCGCCGAGGCCGCCGCGGGCACCUGCACCGGAGGCUCGACCGGCCGCGCCUGUGGCCAGAAGUGGUACGUGGGCCAGUUUGACGGCAUCCCCGGCUUCGGACAGCAGAUGUGUGCGCUCGAGGCGAUUCAGGGGCUGCUGAUUAGCGAGGCGGCUCCCCCGCUCGAGGCCAAGGACAUCAAGGUCGUGCGGGACGCGAACUGGAGCGCUGCUGGUGCCGGCAAGGAUUUGCCUACGAGGGCGGUGCAGACGUCGUCGACGACGAAGAGGGGGAAUGCGGGCGAGGCGCAGCCGACGGGGAAUGCGGCGGCUGGGAGGGUGAUGGAUGUGGGAUUGGGAUCUUUGAUGGUGAUGGGAUUGGGAUUGGUGGUGGUGGUGGUGGCUGUUUGA